AACUUCCGCCAAGUCUAAACGGAAGUAGGUACGUGGCCGCUUCAGCUGACAGUCUACAUGAUGGCGACAGAGGUUCAGAGCGGCGACCUCGACAGUGCUACUUCCAGCCGGCUCGAAGUUUCCAUCGAUGGCCUCACCCUCAGUCCAGACCCGGAGGGCGAGCAGGGCCAGGUCGAAGAGCCGGACCCCAAACCCGCGGAACCCGGGACCGAGACGCCGGGUGCCGCUGGAGGCGAAGAUGAAGAGACUGGCAAAUCUGCGAUAGAGAGGAAAUGGGGCUUUCCUUUGCAAGAGCUGUACGGAAUGGGCCUUAAAUUUUUCAAAGAAAAAGAUGGCAAGGCCUUCCACCCGACCUAUGAGGAGAAGCUUCGACUGGUGGCUCUGCACAAACAGGUGUUACUGGGCCCUUAUAAUCCUGAUGCUUCACCGGAGGUCGGCUUCUUUGAUGUCCUGGGCAACGACCGCAGAAAAGAGUGGGCCUCCCUGGGUAACAUGGAGAGGGAGGAUGCUAUGGUGGAGUUUGUCAAGUUGCUGAACAAGUGUUGUAACCUCUUUGCUCCCUACAUCACCUCACACAAGAUCGAAAGGGAGGAGCAGGAGAGGAAAAGGAAAGAAGAAGAGGAGCGUCAGCGUCAGGAGGAGGAGGAGAGGGAGCGGCAAAGGCAGGAGGAGGAGAGACGGAGGCUUGAGGAGGAGGAAAGGCGGAGGAGAGAGGAAGAGGAAAGGAGACAGGCAGAGGAGGAGAGGCUACGGGUUGAGCAGCAGAAACAACAGAUAAUGGCGGCACUGAAUGCGCAGACAGCAGUGCAGUUCCAACAGUAUGCUGCUCAGCAAUACCCCAACAGCCCAGAGCAACAGCUGGGCCUCAUCCGUCAGCUCCAGGAGCAGCACUACCAGCAGUACAUGCAGCAGCUCUACCAGGUCCAGCUGGCCCAGCAACAGGCGGCCUUACAGAAGCAGCAGCAGCAGGCUGAUUUGAUGGUGCAGGGCACCCUGGAAUCUAGCAGCUUCAACAGUGGCGAACCCAUCCCCACCUCAGCAGCUGGACCAUUAUGUGCAGCUUCACCACCUGCUGGAGAGGAAACCCCAACAGUCAAUGGAGGCCAGUCAGACUUGUACUCGGAGAGCAUUGACCGGGAGCCAGAGCCUGAGCCGGCAGAGGAGGUCUCAGAGAAUGGGCCCUUAUUAGCAGACUCCCCACCAGUCAUAGCUGCUCCCUCCAUGUGGACACGGCCACAGAUCAAGGACUUCAAGGAGAAAAUCCGGCAGGACGCAGACAGCGUGAUCACAGUGGGGCGUGGCGAGGUGGUGACAGUGCGUGUGCCCACCCACGAGGAGGGCGCUUACCUGUUCUGGGAGUUUGCCACGGACUAUUAUGACAUCGGCUUCGGGGUCUUCUUUGAGUGGACGGAUGCUGCCUCUGCUUCGGUCAGCGUGCACGUGUCGGAGUCCAGUGAUGAUGACGAGGAUGAUGAAGGUGAUCCUCCCAAUGAGGAGGAGAAGGCGAAGAAGGAGGCAGGAAAGCCCCAGGUGGAUGAGAUUGUGCCGGUGUACCGGCGGGACUGUCAUGAGGAGGUGUAUGCCGGCAGCCACCAGUACCCUGGCCGCGGAGUCUACCUGCUCAAGUUUGACAACUCCUAUUCGCUCUGGCGCUCCAAGAGUGUUUACUACAGAGUCUACUACACCAGAUAAGCCUGAAUACAGACACAGGGGGAGCCAAGGAGUGUGUGUGUGUGUGUGUGUGUGUGUAUAUGUAGGUGGAGAUUUGUGCGAUGGCAGCCUAUAUGUGUAUGUGCUUGUGUGAGGAAGAAAGUGAUACCAGAUAUAUUCUGGACAAAACCACCAGAGGGUGACAAAGAGACACAUCUGGAGCCCAAGUCUGGAGAUUGGACUAAUAUGUAUGUGCUGUAUGUGUAUGCGUGUCCCAAGAUACACCCAUGCUAGAGUCUGUCAUCGAGCCCUUGGAAGAUGAGUGUGUAUUCCUGUUAUAUUCACCACCUGUCCUUGCUGCACUCACAUAGAGCAAGCUGUAGGACUUUGCUCUCAUAUUGUAUUUUACCACUUUUCACCCUGGGCUCCUCUUCUGUCACCACCCCAGCCCAGCACUGUCCAACUUGGUCUUGUGGCUGCUUCUGCCCCAAGUGAAGCUUUCAUAACCAUGAACAGAAACCCGGCGAGUCCAGCACUCUGUGAGCCAACGUUUCCUGUUUUGUGGUAAUAGUGGCUGUUUAUCUGACAAGAACACAAUGUUGAAAAUCAAAUUAUAUUGCAAAUGUGCUUCAUAACACUAUGCCUCUGUUCCACAGAGAACUUCUGGUCUUUGCCAAGUCUGACACACACAUUAAAAACACCGGUGUACACAAAUGUAAUCAUCCUUUUUGUUUUAAAACAGCAGUCCGUUAUUCUCUUCCCUAGCUACAUGCAUAUAUGAAGAUCUGACAGGAUGUCUAGUGGAAUCAGUGCUCUUUUUGGCGUAUUCCCGCACAAAAACAGACUGUCUGUCUUCUAGCUUUAUUUCUUGAUACAAUCUGAUUGACAGAGUGCACCAGUAGGUUGUUUUUUAAAAUGGAGUCUACUGGCAAAAUGUAUGAAGAACGGACAAGAAGUCAUUCCUUGGUUUAGGGUGAGGGUUUAGGCUCCAAAUGAAGUCAUGAGUGAUUGGGGAAAAUGUGGUUGUGAACUUUCUGGCUUUAUAAACUCAAGCAUCUCAGUGUGUGAUACAGAAUAAGAAGUUUAAAUGACUUAAUAAAUAUUUGUUCACCCUUUCUCCUACAGAUAUAUUUUUUUUAAUCUGUGUGAUGCUGUUUCAGUUUGUUCCAUCUUCAAGCAGUUGCCUCUACUUCUUUACAGCAACAUCCCUGUUUCUAACAAUAUUCCACAUGACAUUACAUUAAAUCAACUGUCCUUUUCUCAUCAAUUCUUUAUAAAAGAAUCAAGAAAAAGGAGUCACUAUUAAGACAGAUGUUAUAUUAAUAUUACCUGGGAGAGUUUUGUGUUUAUCUUUCUAUAUUUGGAGAUGCUGUACUCACUUCUGACACACAAGUACACCUUACAAUAAAGAUCCCAUGUGUUGGAGGUCAUGAUGCACUGUUACAUCUCUACAGCUCUCAGAAAUCAAAAAUCCAUUACACAAAAUACAGUGUUGCCAUUAUGUUUUUUUUCUUCCUGGUAUGAAUUAAAGCAAAUUGUCAUCUCAAAUAAGGUAUCGUGAAUAAACUGAGAUGACAUAGACCUAUAUUUGUGUCCUGGGUGACGUGGUUGCUGACUAACUCACUUGUGACAUCUAAGUGUAUUCAUCUUUCUUUUUUUAAGUUAAUCUGUUGCCAUGAUUUAGAUUAAUUGUUGUGCAGUUUCACAUUGCAUAUGCUUGCUUUGUGUACCAUCCACCUAGGUGCAUUAUGAGCAAUGUGUUCAAUAGUAGAGACAUUUGGUUUCACUUGAAUACUCAUUGAGCUGAAUUUGUACGUUUUUAUGUGUAUGCAACCAAACUUUAAAGACACAGAGGCGGAGUAACUUGCAAGUUGAGUAAUCCUCCAAUGUCCUUGCUGGGUGUUGAUUCGUCAUAUAAUUUAAUUAGAGGCCACUCUGGCCUCCUGUCCAUUCAGUGAUUUGUGUAUCAAAAUGUCACCACUUACGGCUUAACCAAGCCAUAAAGUUUAAGAAAGUUCCCAUAUGUUCUGAUGUGUGAUGUUUGUUUUUCUUAAGUUUCUUAUUGCUCACCAAAUGGUUUGAGCUUACUUGUUCAAGCCUUGUAUGUAAAUAAUUCUAUAAAUGAGUUUAUGUAUGGGUUUUUAGAUGUGGAAGAAGGCUAUGGUUUUGAGAAAAAAUGCACUGUAAAAUAUGGUGAAUGAGAUAUAUGUAUACAUUUUACCCUGAAUGAAAGUCCAAACCUCGUAGGAAGUAUAAAACUGGCUCUAUUGACAUGACAGACAGAAAAGCUCAUCUUUUUGUAUUGUUUUGACUUGUUUGAAUCUUUACAAGAUCUUUUUUGGGCAUAUAUUUAAUCUUGAUUAAACUUAUGUUCAUCUCUAGAA